AUGACUGACCUAAGUGAAUCCUACGUUCAACAAGCACUAGGACUUUUUGACUCUUUGACCCAACCUGAGGUCCUAGGCGUUUCGACUUCUUCAGAAAGUCCCUUCAAAGGUGAAGAGAGCAACAUAUUAACCGUGCAUAAAGCUGGCUUUCAGUCUGAUUGUCCUUAUGACCUGUCCGUAUCCCCAGUGGAGAAUUCACCUAAGGCAUCUAUUGAGUGUGCAGUAUGUGGCGACAAGUCUUCUGGGAAGCAUUACGGCAUAUACACUUGCGAGGGAUGCAAGAGCUUUUUCAAGAGGAGCAUACGAAGAAACCUUACGUAUGCUUGUAGAGGAGUAAGGAACUGCUCAGUGGAUCUGCAAAACCGCAACCAAUGUCAAUACUGCCGUUUGAAGAAAUGUUUGAAAGUUGGAAUGCGAAAGGAGGCUGUUCAAAAGGGUCGAAUCCCCAUAUCACAACCGGACAACAACUAUACACAAUUCCCCGAACAAAAUGGCAGCCAAUCGUUCUACUCAAGCUACAUCACUCUGCUUUUACGCGCUGAUACCAUCGCUCGCUAUCAGCAAUCCCUAUCCGUACCAAGUAACAUCACUGGUCUUGAAAACACGCCCGAGCUCUCCACGCGGUUACUUGUGUCCGCGGUGGAGUGGGCCAAAAAUAUCCCAUUCUAUUCAGAUUUCUCCAUUGCUGAUCAAUCGAUCCUUCUUCGCGGGUGCUGGAGUGAACUGUUUAUUCUAAACGCUGCUCAACAUUAUUCACCGUUUUAUAUUACACAGCCAUUGUCGACAAGUGUGCAGAACAGUACAGAUUUCCAGAACUCCAUCAUAUCUUCUUUUGACUGUCAGAACAGCAACAUGAAGAUGUUUGAAGAACAAGUUGAGAAACUUAGAGCGUUACAGAUUGAUCCCGCUGAGUUUGCAUGUUUGAAAGCCAUUGUACUCUUCAAUUCAGAUUCUCAGGGUAUUUCAAACUCUGGACAAGUCGAAGAACUUCAGGAGCGUACCCAGAGUGCUUUGGAAGAUUAUAUUAGGAACCAGUACUCCAACCAAAACACGAGAUUUGGUAAACUACUUCUCAGGCUCCCAGCACUUCGUCUGAUGCGCACGGCCACAGUCGAAGAGUUGUUUUUUUCUCGAUUGGGAAUGGGUUGCAAUGUUGAUGCUCUAGUCAACGAAAUGUUACUUUCCAGUAUUGGGAGUCCUGUGGUAGGCAAUUGGGUACCAAUCCCUAACGGUAAUAAUAUGAUGAAUGUCAAUGGAAUAUCUCAAAUGUAA